GAUGAUGAGGCUGGAGAAAGGUUGUGGAUGCAGAGAGAUGUAGUGGCGCUCAAGGUCGAAGAAUCGAAUGCUGCUGCUAGUGCUGGUGCUUCUUGCAGUACGACCGUGGCGUAAUAGUCGAUGCUUAUGCUUGGACCCCUCUCUCUUCUUUCUACUUGUUUCGCCCAAUUGCUUGUUUUGCUCCCGGUAUCGUUGGUCAAACAGACCUCGUUCAUGAUAUUUUUUCACAGACGUCGAGCUAUCACUUGCCAUUCGGCUUUCAAACGUCGUACAUCCCGCUCUGCAACAGGCUUAGGGUUCGGCCUUCCACGUGUUGAUUGUGCGACUAUCGCAUACGAAUAAACAAUUUCACUGGCUCUUUGCCGGAUCUGCAAGGGGAUCAAUAGGGGCAACGGAAAUAGACAGCCCGGGGGGUCUCGCGUCUUGAGAACAAGCUUGGCAAAGUGAGCAAUGGGGGAGGUGCCAGCGGUAUGGAAUUGUACAUUGCUACGAGUUGGGAAUCACAUGCGCAGCAUUUCCAGAUUG